AUGGCAGCACCGGUUUACGACGCGAUUGUGUUGUUUGGUGACUCGAUAACACAAGCUGGCUGGACUGAUAGCGCGUUUGGCGCUAAAUUAGCAAACGUCUACUCUCGCAAACUGGAUGUCCUUAACAGAGGGCUAGCGGGAUACAACACAACAUGGGCAUUGCCAGUCUUGGAGCAGUGCUUAGAGCGCGGUCCCCAGAGAUCGAAAACUCGGCUCAUCGUCAUCUGGUUCGGUGCCAACGACGCUUGCAUCAAGCCCUCUGUCCAGCACGUCCCUCUGGUUGAAUUCAUCGCCAACAUAAAGCAAAUGGUUCGGCUCGUACAAGAGGCAGAUCCGGAAACCAAAGUGAUUUUGAUAACUCCACCACCUGUGAACACACAGCAAAGAAAGGAAGACCUCGAGAGUAGGGAGCCUCCAAUAAUGACUAUAGACAGGGACUUUGAGGUGACACAACAAUAUGCUGGCGGCGUCUUGAAGGCUGGAGCAGACUGCAAUGUUCCAGUGGUUAAUGUUUGGGUCGCACUGUGGCAGGCCGCAGGUAACAAAGAAGACGGACUGAGAGUUUACUUGUCAGAUGGAUUGCACCUCACGAGGGCGGGCUACGAGGUCGGUCUUGAUGAUAGUCCGACAAAAGAGGCUGAUCAGAGAACAAUAAAGGUCGUUUAUGACGCGUUGUUAGAGAGGAUACGCGCGUCUCAUGGCGAAUUGGACCCAGAAAAAUUGCCCUCUGUGUUUGCUAACUGGACGGAGAUGAGUGCCUGA